GCACGAGGCCCGCGAUCGGGCAGCACACGCGCGCGUCUCUCUUUUUCUUCGCUCGUUGCGUAUUCCAUAUAGUAUAUCACGUACAGCUAUAACGCAUCGAUCGGAAAUCGAACGCGUGCGCGUGUUCCAUAUAUACCGGCUGUGAUAUCUUCGUCGAGAGACACGUACACUACUCUGGCAUCGACAGUAGCAACGAGGUCGCGACGAGCGGUAGUGGUGCAUCAUCAUCAUCAGUGCGUCGCCGACAUUCCCCGGGCAGUUUGCAGCUCCAUGAACCAAAGCGCGCGUCCGUCAGCUCCUCGGAACAGCGGGCCCAGGAGUCGUCGCGAGCUCAGGCCCGACAGCUAGUACUAGCACUGGGCCUACUCGACCCUCCCGCGUGCCCGAGCCUGUCCCCGUCACCACCUGCACAGACUCGUCCUCCAUCGGCACCAUCAGCAUCAGCAUCGAGGUGGGCCCGGGCCCAGCACAGCCGGCACCACGGAUUUCCUCAGGCGAUCGUUCCGGCGCUCCGGCAGGAUCGGGCCCCACGGCCAGCGACGUGCCGCCACGAUGUACGUUGUCGAGCCGCCACCGAUGCUGCAGCCGAGUCAGCAGCAGAAGCAGCUGUUGGUCCAGCCUUCGAGUCCCUCUGAGCACGGACGCCGACGGCGGCUGACCCAUCAGAAUCACUCGGCCAAUAACAAGUCCGGAGCGCCCGACUCGCCGGGGCCUGAGCGCAGUGGUGGGGGGACCCACAUUGCCGCCACGGUGAAGAACACCGUGCGCAGACUGCUCAGAAGGACCAAGAGCCACAGAGACGCGCCGAGCAGCGCCACCGCAACGCCGAGUCCUCCCGUCAGCCAAAGGGCGCCACCGGCGGUGUCAGCCGCUGCCGCUACGGUGCUGGUUAACGAGGCCGUAGUGCCUACCAGUGAAAAGGACGAGGUCGUCCUGAGGCACCUGGAGCGACAAGUGCCUCAACCUCAGCAACCCACUCAUCAUCAACUACAGCAGCAACAGCAACAACAUCACCACCAUCACCAUCAGCAGCAGCAACAGCGUCAAUCUCAACCUCAACAGCAGCACGGCACGGUGUCGCUGAGCUCGAGGGGCUCAGAACGAAUCGAGGUACCCGCGGUGAGGAUAAGGAACAAGACGCCGCGACAUCCACGGAUGAUGCGUCUGCGACAGGCGGCCGAUGGCGGCGGCGGCGGCGGCGGUGGCGGCGGUGGCGUCAGCUCGGCAGGGGGCAUCGGGCCCCCGGGCUCUGGGGCGGCGCGGCUCUCCUCGCGGAGUCGCACCAACGAGGAGCCCCACAUCGGCAAGUACAAGCUCCUCAAGACCAUCGGCAAGGGUAACUUCGCCAAGGUCAAGCUGGCCAAGCACGUGCCCACGGGCAAGGAGGUCGCCAUCAAGAUCAUCGACAAGACUCAGCUCAAUCCUGGAAGUCUGCAGAAGCUUUUCCGCGAGGUCAGGAUAAUGAAGAUGCUGGAUCACCCGAACAUCGUCAAGCUCUUCCAGGUGAUCGAAACGGAGAAGACACUGUACCUGGUGAUGGAGUACGCGAGCGGUGGCGAAGUCUUCGACUACCUAGUGCUCCACGGCCGCAUGAAAGAGAAGGAGGCUCGCGCCAAGUUCAGGCAGAUUGUCUCCGCGGUGCAAUACUGCCAUCAGAAGAAGAUCAUACACAGGGAUCUCAAGGCCGAGAAUCUGCUGCUCGACAGCGAGAUGAACAUCAAGAUAGCCGAUUUCGGCUUCAGUAACGAGUUCACGCCCGGCAACAAGCUCGACACCUUCUGCGGCUCGCCGCCCUACGCCGCACCCGAGCUCUUUCAAGGCAAAAAGUACGACGGUCCCGAGGUCGACGUCUGGUCGCUCGGCGUGAUACUCUACACCCUGGUGUCCGGAUCGUUGCCCUUCGACGGCUCGACGCUCAGAGAGCUGCGCGAGAGGGUACUCCGGGGCAAGUACAGAAUCCCCUUCUACAUGUCGACGGACUGCGAAAACUUGCUCAAAAAGUUUCUGGUGCUCAACCCUACGAAACGGGCCUCAUUAGAGAAUAUUAUGAAGGAUAAGUGGAUGAACAUGGGUUACGAGGACGACGAACUGAAACCGUACUUAGAACCAGAGCCUGAUUACAAAGAUCACAAGAGGAUAGGUGAGUCUGCCAAAGCACUAGCGAGUAUGGGCUACACGCGAAGUGAAAUCGAAGACUCUUUAGGACAGGCGAAAUACGACGAUGUAUUCGCCACGUAUUUGCUGCUUGGCAGAAAAACUACAGACCCGGAAAGCGACGGCUCAAGGUCAGGCAGCUCCUUGUCGUUGCGUAACAUUCCACCACAGGUCGGCUCGGCCGGAGGCGGAGGAAGCGGUGCCGGCACUGGCGGAGCUGCCCAGAGCCCAUCGCAUCGGAGCGUACAUCGCAGCAUCUCGGCAAGCAAUCCCAAGCCUAGCAGACGAGCAUCGUCUGGCGGUGAAACGCUUCGCGGAGCCCCAAGUCCAGGUAAUACAACGAACCACAAUCAUGCUACUGGUGCUGCUGCUGGUGUAACGGUAACUGGAAGUGGCGGUAGCAAUUUCAAACGACAGAAUACCGUGGACGCAGCUACGAUUAAAGAAAAUACCGCUCGAGCAGCUCGUGAAUCUGCUCGACCUUCCGCGCCCAAAAAUAGUCCUGGACAGCUUGACACUACCCUGUCUUCGAUAAAGAGGUUUUUAUUAAAAAUGACAAUGUUCAUUCUAGGCGUCGGAACGAGUCCCGGCGGCAAGACGAGAGUUAACAAGAGCAACACGAUGAACACCGGAGUCGGAGGUGUCAGGGUGAACGUAACACCUGCGCCUAGUUCUAUUGGCCGUCGUAGUACAAUUUCCUACGAUCAGGCCAAGACCUCAUCCUCAUCCACUGAAAGAACAAACGACGUGCCCAACGAGGCGGCUGCUAGGCCGACGCGGGGUCACACGAAAUCAGCGAGCAUCAGCGCGAGCCACCGAGCCGCGGCCCCGGCCGAUCAUGCGCUACUGGAUCAUCCCCAGCCGCGCAACGCCCACAACCCCCUACUAGUCGCUGCCGCCGCCACUGCUGACCCUCUUAGGCAGAGCUUGGGAGUCACUCCAAGCAAUAGAUUGGCAACGCCCACGACGCCAGCAUUUCCAAGGAAUGUCCCGAGCCGCAGUACCUUCCAUUCUGGCCAAAAUCGACCACAGAGAAAUCAUACUCAGGGUCAUACACACACGCAGGACACGAAUGCGAUAAGCCCGUUAGCGAGGCCGUCCUUCUUUUCCAAGCUCUCCUCAAGGUUUUCCAAGCGGACGUAAAGGCAAAUAACUAGGCUACUCAUCGAGAAUUCGAAGACUAGCUCACGCAAACCCCCACGCAACGUCGUACUGGACGAAAGUUUUGGCGAAGAGUUGGCGGUUACAGUGGUGCACUGUUAAAUUUAUAAUUAUCUAACAUGUUUACCGUGACAUGCAAUUACGUUUACAUGCGCAAAUAAAACGUUGUCUCCGUUAUUCUGUGGUGAAAGCCUAGUAAUGGAAUUAUGAACGAAAGAAAGAGACUGUUGUCAGAACAGAGAUAAACUGAUAGCUAGAGAUAUAUAUGAAUUAUAUAUAAAAAUAGAUAUAUAGAUUUAUGAAUAUAUAAAUGGUGCGAAUGCUAGAUGUGGAUGCACAUGAGUGUGAACGAGAGAAAGAGUGAGAAAGAGGAUAACCAUAAAUUACGUACGAAAGAUAGCAAGAGAAGCAAGGUCGCCUCGGUAACCUUGAAAUUAUUCUCCUUUGAUUAUGUAGCGUCUUCCCUUGCUUUGUAUGGGAGAUAUAAAUUUCUAUAGAACUUGUGCCUUUUCUCCCUGAUAAUCGAUAGAGAAAAGAGAAAUGAAACUAUUUCACACUAUAUGCGGUGAUUAAUCGUGCACUGUUGAUUUUUUUAAAUAAUUUUUUUAUUGAUUAAAACUAAAUGCAAAUCAGGUAUUUUUUGUAAGAUAUUCCGAAUCGACUAUAAGUGGCACAGCAGUAGUUAAACGCUAUAAUUCCUAUUAAACAGAAGUAGUGCGUUUGAGCAUUUUUCAUAACGUAUUUUUGUUUGAAAAUAAUAAGCUUUUUUGACGUUCAACCUUUAUUGCCUGAUAAUAAAUAUAGUUAGGACUUUAUACCUGACGUUUUUUUUUAAUAUAAACUUUGAAAGUAAUAUCAAUCGAUCGAUUCUCCUUUUUUUUUCUUUGAUUAUCACACUUGUCUGCGUUUCCUAAAUUGCGAAUCAAGUUUAUGUCUCUGUACGAUACGAGUGCGUUGUUCGUAGUUGCUACAAACGUUUAUACGUCUUCUUCAAAGACAAAUGCCCGAAUCAUCAGAAAACAUUCAUUAUACAUCUAAACGAAAUUGAAAAAAUUUGGAGGAAAUAUCAUUAUUCGCGCGUAUGCGUACAAGAAUUACUCGUGCAUGAUGAAUAAUUAUUUACUUUGCAAAUUAAAACGUUUUCCAAGGAAUUCUUAAAGUAUUAAAAAUUUAGAUGACUUAAAAAUUAUCGAACGUAUUUAUAAAGAAUUACUGUGCUUGAAAUAAUCAAUAAAGUGAAGUAAAAACGUUUUAUUAGCAAAUUAAAUAAUCGUUUUAAAUUUAAGACCCGAAGAAGAGUUAGCCAAAAUGUAUUUGAUUUAUUAUAUGUAUAAUCAAAAAAGUAGUUUAACAAGGUAGUUUAACAAGUAAUUCGAGAUUUUCGCAAGCUGCAAAUAAACACAUUCUUUUUGUGCCUUUGAAGUUUUAAAGCUUAACGUUAUAGUGCUUGACCUUUCUUCGAGUCUUUGCAAAAACGCGAAGAGCCACCACGAGUGACUCGCAUUUUAACAUUAAAUCAUAUGAAUAAAUAAAAAAUAUUGAAAAAUGAAAGAAAAAAAAACGCUAGAACAAAUUUAGAGGCAGCAAAAUGCAAAUGAUGUGAUUAUCGUGUAUUGACAGGUUUUCCAAGUAAGUGACGAAUCUCUUGCACUUGAUUCGCCGGUAAAUAAUGGUGAAACGAGGACAAGCACCAUACAUUCACAAGCUGACUAUCGCUCUCGAAAUAUAACAAAGCCCGAUGCUGUUUCUGCGAUAUCCUUUUAUAAAAAAAAUGAAAAAAAAGAGAGAAAGCGUUUUACGCACGCAUACACACACACAGAGGCGCUCGGUCGAAACGCUUGAUCUCUGUGCAGCUGAUGAAAGCAUAUAUUUACCUCUACGAAUUGCCUACUGAUGUGUGCAGCCUCAGCGCAGCGAUUUUUUCGAUUAUUAAUAAGCGCGCGAGUAUGUGUGUAUUCUAUGACAUUUGACGCAAGCGGCCGCACAGUAUAUGAUAUACCUAAUUCUUGUUAGUUCAACGAUUUAUAUAUAUAUAUAUUAAAGAGCGACUCACUCUCCCGAACGUAAUAAUAUAAUAGGCAUUAAUGAACAUUCGAGACAAAAAAGAAUUACCUCCAGAAUCAUGUGACACUGUCGACGUAACGCUGAUUUUUUCUUCUUUCUUUUCUGUGUUGUUCUUUUAAUGCACAAUUACCGAAAACGAUAAAUAUCGUGAAAAAGAGCGAAGAGCUUUCAACGGUUUCGUUACGAGAAACUAUCAUUUCUAGUAAUUUAACGUCUGACUGGAUGAUUUUGAUGUUCAGAUGUUUGUGUCAAAUAAUCAACUAUAACAUGCGACGGAUUUUAUUACGUAUAUAUACAUAGAGCAGUGAAACAUAUGUAAAUAUACGUUCGGCUUUAUAUGCUUAUGUUUUAUUUUUGAUCUUUUUUUCUUCAUUUCACGACAAUGGCAGUGAAUUUUAAAAUAACGUACAUAACUUUCUCCACAUACUUUUUCACGAUUUAUUUUUUUUUCUUUUCAAGCUUAAAAUGAUGCGCCUUAUUUAACGCCUUAAAUUUGUAACGUAUGUAAGUCGUAACGGUCUUUCUUUUGCUGUAGCAUUUAUAUUUGGUUUGUACAUUUGCAUUUUCUAACUGCUGCUGCACAAAAUUGCAUAAGUGAUGCGCUAGAAAUUCACGUUGUAACGAGUGAAAUGUUAUUGAUGCAGAGUAUGUAUUUUUGUAAAUAUAAAUAGAAAGUAUGAUUUAUUCGUUCGUUGAAGAAUCGAGCAUAUAGCUAUGCAAUUAAAAGAAAAGAAAAUGUUAAAUUAUAUAUGAUAAUUCUAACGAUGACUUUCGAUUACAUUUAUUAGUAAAAUGUAUUAUAUUACUGGCUCAAACACUCCUCGAUAAAACUAAUGAGUCAGGUUUAUCAAAACCUAAGAAAAUAAAACUUUAAGCGAACAUUUUGACGAAAUUGAAAUUUCAACGCCGCAAUGUAAUAAGCUGUAAAAAAUACAUUUUUCUACAACCAUCUGAAGUGUAUGUGAUGUUUAUUAAGUUAAAUGUAAGAGAAUGUAAAUCUUAAUCAAAUUUAAAAGUUGUCUUUAUUCAUCAAUCAGUAAAUAUUUCCACACUUAACUCCAUUUGACUGCUGAUCAAAACGAUUGUAAAUCGAAAUAAAUAAAUAGUUUGGCUGAUAGCCGAACAACGGCAAUAAAAAUUGAACGUUCUUAUCUCUAUUUUCAGUUCUACACUAUACAUACAUUAAGAGCAAUUCGUGACUUUUGUACCGAUGUAUUUUUAUUUCAUUGAAAAUGUUCGUUUAACUCGAAAAUUAACAGAUAUGCGGAUUAUUUAGGUGAAAGUACAGCUUACUUCAGUUAAGCUGAGUGUAUAAUAUGUAUUCUAUUUAAAUGAUUAAGUAUGCAUUUUGCUAUUGCUAUAAAUGUAAGUAAGAUGUACGUAUAUCUUUUGGUAUAUUUUAUUGUGUCUUUCUGUAUGAUAAUGAUAGUGAUAACCUUAUGGAUAAACAAGCACUAUUUUCCUAAAAUUUAUUAAGGAUAAUUUUUGAAAAGUAAUGAUUAUUUUGCAUUUUUAUGGAUAUGAAGUAGAUUUUUUUACCGUUCAGCUCUAGGUCCAAAUUGACUAUCAUUGAGAUUACAAAUAGUUAUCGAGUUAAGCGAACAAAUGUCUGUGCAAUAUUUUUGGCUUUUUGAUAAAUGCUUUAAGUUUGAUUCGACAGAUUGUGUUGAGGAUACAGAAAAUGCCUGUCCAGAUUAAACAAUUAAGUCGACGACGAGAACAAUUGAAUCAAAGAAAAUCGCUAUACUUUAAAAUGUGUUCUCACAAAAUAACGACGUGACUUGAGUGUGAGCCCACGCUAAUCUGUAUAAGAUUUAAACAGUUUUUCACGAGCCUCAUUGCAUUUUUUUUACGAUGAUUAUACAUCGAACCUAAUAAUAUAAGCAGAAUCAUUGAGAAUGAACAUAAAAUUACUGAUAAACUUGAGGUGUGAUUAUUAAAAACUUUGUAUGCGUCACGGUGAACGUAAGCUAUGGGAAUUCCUCUUAAAGGAUCAAUAUUAGAUAAUUUUAGAAAUUUUAUUGAAUAGAGACUUUAAUUAUUAAAUAUAUAAAAUUGUGCAUACAUAAAAAAAUCUUGAUUGUAACAUCAAAGCAACUGUUUGCUGCAAUCCAGCUCUACUUCCGUCCAAAUUCACAUUUUUUUCCACUAGUCGAUUGUAGGCAACAUUAAGAUUUCCACGAUCCAAAUGAUUCCAAGUGUUGAAAAUCACAAUGAUUAAUAUUAAUUUUUAUUGUUACUUUAACUAUUAUCAUCGACAGCAUUGUCAUUAUCAUCACGCCGCCGCUACGUUGUUAUGAUUAUUACUAUUACUAUUAUUUUACUAAUAAUGUUAUCAUUACUGCUACUUAUUAUUACUUUUAUUAUAAUUGCUAUUAUAUAUUAUUUUAUGAUUAUUUUAUUAUUAAUACUAUUAUCAUUAUUAUUAUUGCAAGUUCUAAUGAAUAUCGUAGAGCAAAGCGCAGCAAACGGUUCGCCAAUCACGAAAUAAGAAAAUUUUAUUGUUUUAAAAGCGUAUGAAGCAAUAAUAGUGAUAAUUUCGUAAUAAUAAAUAUUUUGAAUCUA